CCCCUGGUCACACUGGGCUGCUCGUCGGACAGAGGUUGGAAGCCAUGCGCUCCACCUGAGGGUGCGCCUGGGAGCCCGCGUCCCUCUUCUUUCCCAAAACCUGGCAGAGGGAGAGGGAGAUGGAGAAGGACACGGCCACACACCGGAGGCACCGGCUGGGCCCCGGGGCCCCUCCAUCAGGGGUUGCCCCCAGACACCCCAAGGCAGCCGGCGAGGUGGCCGAGCUCCAGAGGAGCAGGAGUGUGGGCGGCCUGCAUCAGAAGGGGGACCCUCCGAGCUGCCUCAAGAAGCUGUCCAAGGAGCCGGAGUCCGAGGACCAGGGAAAGGACCUACAAGGUGACAUCGAAGAAGCCAGCUGCUGGCCGUGGCCCAGACUCUUGGAGCGGGCGCCUGUCUUGCCAGACGUUUGCACUCGACUCUCCAGAUCGCUGGGCAUGCCAGAGGCCUCAUUUGCUGGGGAAGUCAGGCCGACCCCGAGGAAGACAAGCAGGAGAGUCAGGACGCCCUUGGAAAGUUGGACCCGGACGGUGGAAGGACAGAACCAGAGGAACAGGGGCCAGAGUCCAUCAAGCUGGAUGACCCUCCAGGAAAAGAGAAACCAUCUGUGUUUGUGGAGAUUGAUCUGGGAGACCAUGCCGAGGAGGUGGUCACAGGUGCCACGAGAGAAGAGAAGCGGUCCCAGAUGGACAUGGGGGAUCUGUCGGAAGACGAGACCAAGACCAGCUGGGUGUGCUGCAUCCCCUAUUCCACCAGAAGGAAGGUGAAGGAGAGUGUGUAACGGCCUUGGAGAAGGGCACUGAUGACCGCCCAGGUGUGAACCACUGAUCCGUUGGCUAAGGGACGAUGCCAUCUUCUAAAAAGACACAAUAAAGUGUGAACGGAAG